UUAACUAUUCAUAUUUUAUCUUUCUUUCAUUUUUUCCUGCACCGUUCCACUUUCUUUUUCUGAUCAUCCACCUAUAGUUGAUGCAUGUCACAAAUGGCUGCCACAUUUGUCUUCCACCCUGUUCUCCACACCAGGUUAUGUUGUUGUCACACACAGGAAGUUACUCUUCUGCUUUUGUGCUUCUGUGGUUUCUGACUUAGUUACAGAGUGUAUCACACUCCCUCUCCUUCCUCUCGCAUGCAGGCCUUUGCGUUUUUACUUAGCAGACUUUUUCGCCCAGUGCAGAUCGUAGUUGGUGAGGCACAUGCCUUUUUUUUUUCCAGCUCUGGCAGGACCUGACAAGGAUUUUUACCUUAGAGAUGUUAAUUAGAGAGCAAACAUGAGGACAAGCCGGCUUUUUUCAUCAGUUCUUGUGUCAUCUGGAGAAGCAAGAUUUCAGUGAAGCAGAGACUUGAUGUUCAUCACCUUGAAGGCCCGGGACUCUCUUUCCUGUCAUUUUGAGUGAUCGCCUUCGGUUGCUCUGCUGUGGAACCCUCUGAUUUCUGAGGUGAAUUGGUUUGUGUACAGCUUUCCUCCUGGAUUACUUGUGGAGAUUAGUGAUGGGGAAUGCGGCCGCAGGAGGCUUGGAGCUUGAGGCGGCCGAGGGCAGAGAGGCCAGGAACUCGGUUUCAGCGAUGAGCGACCCCACGCUGCCUUUGCAGAAGAAGCAGUCGUCUCCGCCAAAACUUCCAAUGCCACCAGAAGAGGAGCUAGAGGAGCGCUUCAAUGUGGUGCUGAGCUACAUGAAUUUGCCUCCAGACAAACUUAAGCUGCUGAGUCAAUACGACAACGACAAGAAGUGGGAAUUAGUCUGCGAUCAGGAGCGGUUCCAAGUGAAGAGCCCUCCGUCCACCUACCUGUCCAAGAUAAAGAGCUUCUACCAAGAUCAAGGAGGGGUGUCCCGCAGGUCAAAGAAAAAAAUUCAAGAUGCAACCCAGGUCCUUAAAGCCUUGGAGAUAUCCCUUCGCACGAAUCACAUCGGAUGGGCUCAGGAGUUUCUCAAUGAACAGAACAAAGGUUUGGACGUUCUGGUGGAAUAUCUGUCCCAUGCUCAAAGUGACACCUCAUUUGACCUGGAGACCGUGGAAAAUGGGGGCAGCCUGUCAGACAGACAAAAACCGGUAGAGCGGUCGAUGGAGGAUUUGACCAAGAGCUCCGGCAGCAGUCACUCGCAUGGGAUGAGCAGAGCUGCACGGGCCCUUACCGUAAGAAUAAGCUCCACUCUGUCGAACAGGAUGCACAAGAAGUCGCAUCUAUCCCAACAGAGAGAUGAUAUACACGUGUGCAUUAUGUGCUUGAGAGCCAUCAUGAACUACCAGUCUGGUUUUAACCUUGUGAUGACUCACCCGCGCUGUGUGAACGAGAUCACCCUCAGCCUCAACAGCAGGAAUCCCAGGACCAAAGCCCUCGUCCUGGAGCUGCUGGCUGCCGUUUGUCUCGUCAGAGGAGGGCACGACAUCAUUCUCUCCGCUUUUGAUAACUUUAAGGAGGUGAGCAAAGAGAGGAACCGCUUUGAGAAACUGAUGGAGUACUUCAUCAAUGACGACAACAACAUCGACUUCAUGGUGGCCUGCAUGCAGUUUAUCAACAUCGUGGUCCAUUCUGUGGAGAACAUGAACUUCCGAGUCCAUCUGCAGUACGAGUUCACUCACCUUGGAUUGGACAAGUAUCUGGAGAGUCUGAAACAGACAGAAAGCGAGAAGCUGCAAGUCCAGAUCCAGGCCUACUUGGACAACGUGUUAGAUGUUGGAGCUCUGCUGGAGGAUGCUGAGCAAAGGGGAGGAGUCAUAGAGCAUGUGGAUGAACUGCAGCAUCACAACAGUCAGCUGAGCUCCCGGCUUCAGGAGCUUGAGACUCAGACCACGGACAGAAUAUCUGAACUCGAGACGCAGCUGAUGCAGGCCACCAAGGAAACUGAGCUGCUCAAAGAAAGCCUCCGGGAGUCGUGUUCCCAGGUUAGUUCCUUGCAGCAGAGAGAACGAGAGCGGGAGCUGGACAGGGAGAGGGAGAGGGACAGGGAGCGUCUGUGCACCUCCACCAGUCAGUCAUCUUCCGAGCUGGAGCAGAAGAUCCAGGAGCUGCAGGACAAGGGGUUGCUCCGACUCGGACGCACUCCCUCAGGAAGUCUUGACAUCCAGGUUGUGCCCGUGAAAGUUGUUGAGUAUGUCCAGAGCCCAUCCUCAACCGUCCAACCGAACGCCCCCACCUCAGCAUCCACACUACCCUCUCCACCUCCCCCUCCUGGUGGUCCAGGGGAGACUGCAACUCCUCCAUCAGAUGGAAGUUCUGUGGCUCCACCUCCACCUCCUCCUCCACCUCCUCCACCGCCUGGAGCAGGUCCACCACCGCCUCCUCCUCCUCCACCACCACCACCAUCUGGUGCUGGACCCCCACCUCCCCCUCCUCCACCUGGAGCUGGACCCCCACCUCCCCCUCCCCCACCUGGUGGGGGACCACCACCUCCUCCUGGAGCUCCAGAUGCCCUAUCUGGUUUCAAGACUAAGAAGCCCAUUCAGACUAAGCACAGAAUGCCUUUGUUGAACUGGCAGGCUUUAAAACCAAACCAAGUAUCAGGCACAGUAUUUAAUGAGCUGGAUGACGAGCAGAUUCUAGGGGAGCUGAACAUGGAGAUCUUUGAGGAACAAUUCAAAACCAGGGCUCAGGGGAAUCCAGCAGAUCUCUCCAAGAUCAAGAAAAAAGUGGCCCAAAAGGCUCCCACCAAGACAUCCCUUAUCGACGCAAACAAGGCCAAGAAUCUAGCCAUCACUCUCCGCAAGGGAGGAAUGAGCCCAUCUGCUAUCUGCACCGCCAUCGAGACGUACGACCAGCAAUCUCUGUCCUUAGACUUCCUGGAAUUGCUUGAACACUUCAUACCGUCAGACUUUGAGAUGAAGCUUCUUGUGAACUACGAGAAAGAAGGCCGUCCACUUGAGGAGCUAACAAAUGAAGACCAAUUCAUUUUGAAAUUUGGGAAGAUUGCUCGGCUAAACCAGCGAAUAAACACGCUUACCUUUAUGGGCAACUUCCCAGAGAGCGUCAAACGCCUGCAGCCGCAACUGAACUCCAUCAUUGCCGCUUCCAUGUCUAUCAAGUCUUCAGCUAAACUGAAAAAGAUCUUAGAAAUUGUUCUCGCCUUCGGUAACUACAUGAACAGCAGUAAGAGAGGGGCGGCCUACGGCUUCAGGCUGCAGAGUCUUGACCUUUUGUUGGAGACUAAAUCCACCGACCGAUCCCAGACGCUACUUCACUUCAUCACUAACAUAGUUCUUGACAAAUACCCGGACCUCGUCAACUUCCACACGGAUCUUCGCUUUGUAGACAAAGCCGCUCUUGUAUCCCUGGAUGGCAUUCUUCAGGACAUCCGUUCACUGGAGCGAGGUAUGGAGAUGACCAAGAAGGAGUUCCUGGUGCAGGAUGACAGUCCGGUGUUAAAGGAAUUCAUCAAAACCAAUAGCGAGCACCUGGACUCUCUGAUCAAAGACAGCAAGACGGCACAGGAGGCUUAUGCUUCUGUCGUGGAGUAUUUUGGAGAGAAUCCCAAAACCACGCAGCCUUCCAUGUUUUUCCCGCUGUUUGGGCGCUUCAUAAAGGCUUAUAAGACAGCACAGCAAGACAUUGAGCUGAAAAGGAAACUGGAAAAGGAGAGCUCUGAGGAGAAAGAAACACCUUCUCCAAACAAACCUGCAGCACAAAAGGGCCCCAUGAUGCCGAAGAUGGAUCUGAUAGCGGAGCUAAAGAAGAGGCAGGUGAAAUCUCCAGUGCGCGAGGGAAAAGACGGUGCUCUGGAGGAUAUUAUUACAGAUCUGAGGACCGCGCCCUACAGACGCACAGAUGGUCGUCGUCCAGCUCAGCGCCAGGAAACUUGAGUCAAUGCGGUUUAUUUUUUGUGGUUUUAAUAAACAUGCAUGACAUACACUUAAAUAUACAAGAUACUAUACCAAGCUUUUAGAAUAAUCUGUACAUACAAUAUACCAAUAACGAGCAUCUGUCAUUUGGCAAUGUGUAUUACUAUGAACUAUAUUUUUUGUGUGAAUUAGCGAUGUAAAUACAGGAGAAAAUACCCCAUUUGUACCAAUAAAUUCACCAGCUUUAAUUCAUCAAAACAAUUUUAACUAUUUCUAUGUUCCGACAAUGGACUUGUAUGCUUGAACAUGUGAUACUGUUUAAAAAAAAUAUGACUUAUCGUUAAAGUAAACCUUUUUUUAACCAUUGUUGUUGUAUUUUUGUACUUGCUUUCUUUAUGAUGCAAAAUAUGGCUCGUGUGCGAGAUCGUGUCACAAAAGCAGGAGGGAAUAAAGCCAGAUCAGACUGUACAAGAGGGCUGCACUUUAUUGGACACACAUUAUCACAGCAAAUUAUGUACAAAAGAAGGCAGGUUCAGGUGCCUGCUGUCUUCUCACAGGAAAAAAAAACAACACACAUUUCUCACAGAAUAUCAUGGCAUCCACACUGAUAAAUUAUCUCCAGUAUCAGUAGGCAUUUAAAUUUUAUAUAUCUCAUAUAAUUGAUCUAUUUUCUGUAGUUCUUUUUGUUCUUUUUGUCACACUACUCUACAAAUGGGUAGAAUCGAUCUUAGCCGAUUUCCGGCGUUGGGGUGCGUUCGAGCCUUCUGAUCUCUGGACGUUCAACACUCCCACCCACUAUCGUCAUCACCACGUAACUUCACAGUAAGACUGAACAUGCCCGUGUCACAGAUACUAAAAUAAUGUAUCGUUCAUGUUUGCAAACCACUCCUCCGACACUUUCUUAUAACUCUGAAAAAACAUGUACGUAACUUUUUUCAUUUAUUUUUUUUUCUAAACUGCACCGUGCGUUUGCUUGAGACUAUACAUGCAUUGUUUUUGUAUAUACCUUUGUAUCCAUCAUGACAGUUUAUUAAUAAAACAUUUCCUUUUGGACAUAAUUCGGUAAAAUCUCUAUGACUCAACCUAUUUACAAGUCAAUUUUGUUUUUCUAAUAUAUUUCUGAUGCCAAGAUUUUUGAACAUCCACACAUUCAGUUAAAAAUCUCAUAUACAUACAGAAUGUAGGUUGAGUAUCUGGAAGGAAAAAAAAAAAAA